AUGGCGCUCCUCAUCGUGACGGGCCUACCGUGUAGUGGGCGCACUACACGAGUACGCGAGGUAAACAGCUAUUUUACGGAGCGUUUAACACAGGCGCCAAGCCUAAAAAGCAUAGUGGUCGUUUCGGAUGACGAUGUCCAUGCAGAAAAAAGCGUUUUUGAGCAUCAACGCGCGGAAGGGCGCGCACGCGCAGCGUUUUUGAGCGCGGUGCGGCGCGCUUUGACUCCUUCAACGCUUGUGAUUGCCGAUGGUGGUGCCGGGAUGAAUAUUAAAGGGUACCGGUACGAGCUGUGGUGUGCAGUACGGGAAUUAGGCCUUCGCUGUGCGACAAUGCAUGUUGCAUGCGCCCCAGCGCUCGCUCGCGCAUGGAAUCAAGCGCGUCUAGAUACACAAGCUCCGGAUGCGUACACUGCACCGUGCUUGGAGGAGCUUUUUGCGCGCUUUGAGGAGCCAACACCGGAAGCGCGUUGGCACAGGCCGCUAUUUGUUGUCACUGCCACAGGCGCACCCGGCGCGAUUGACGCAGCGCCCACGCCAUGUGCGGCUUUGUGGGAGGCACUUACGCAAGGCAAUGCGCAGGCGCCCAAAGGCGUAACAGCGCCGACUAGACGCACGACAAACAACAGCAUGGAACUUCUCGAUACGGUUACGCAGCAAGUCAUUGCCGCAUUGCUCGCGCAGCGCUCGAUGGGCACCGAGAGCGGCACGUUUCCACUACUGCUUGCAGCCAUGCCACCCGUUUCAUUUACCAUGCCCCCGGGCCGUACCUUUCCCACGCCUGCGCGCCUCCAAACGCUGCGCAGGCAAUUUGUGCGCAUAUACGCCAGCAAAGCCGAGUCCGACGGUCUGGCCCUUACCGGAAACGAUGCGCGGCCCAAUCUCGCGAAGCUAUUUGCGGGUUGGCUGCAAGAAGCACUCGCAUAG